GCAGACAGGGGCUCCCAAAAGGGGACUUCCCACCAGACUGCCAGAAGGAACCUUGCCUCCUCCAUCUGACUGGGUGGUCCCCAAAUGAGCUCUUCUGCCUCUUCCGUCAAACUGAUGGCCUAGAGCAGGGGUCCAUAGGCCUCCUCUAUCAGACUGGGGGCUACUGGAGGGGUCCAUAGGCCUCCUCUGUCAGGCUGGGGGCUACUGGAGGGGCCUUUCAUGCCUUCUCUCUCAGACAAUAAUUUUAUGGUUAUUAAAAUUAUAGACAAGAGGUACACCAGAUUGAAAGGAGAACAGGGCAUCCUUUUCCCCACAGAUGAGUGGACCCUAAAACACAGAAGGCAAUGCUUCUACCAUCGCAUCGGGGAAGUUGGCUAAUGGUGGGAGUUUACCUCCCCUGUCAGACUAGAGGUCUAGAGUCAGGGUGGAUCCUGCCUCCCUCUUCAGACUGUCACCCUAGACAAUGGGGAUCACGUCUCACCUUUUGUGUUACAGUGGGAAUGUGGACAGAAUUUCUCCCAGCAGAGGGUGGAAAUUCUCUCUCAAACUGAAAUAGGAAUGACCUACUCCAUUAUGAUGGAGGUGUCUAGGUGGUAGGCAUUGUGUCUCCUCUGUCAGCCUGGGAAUUUCCAGAUGUUGGGGACCACCACUCCCAGACUGGGAGUGCCCAGAAGUUGGGAACAAUGUCUCCUCCAUCAGACUGGGAGCUCCCAGGUGUUGGGGACCGUGUCUCCCCAUCAGACUGGGAGCUCCCACAAAUCAGGAACAAUGUCUCCUCCAUCAGACUGGGGACUCCCAGAGUCCGGGACCGUGUCUCCUCCAUCAGACUGGGGCUCCAGAGUCAGGACGUGGCUCCCCAUGAGACUGGAAGCUCCCAGAGUCAGGGACCGUGUCUCCUCCAUCAGACUGGGAGCUCCCAGAGUCAGGGAUCCUGUCUCCUCCAUCAGACUGAGGACUCCCAGAGUCCGGGACCAUGUCUCCUCCAUCAGACUGGGAGCUCCCAGAGUCAGGGAUCAUGUCUCCUCCAUCAGACUGAGGACUCCCAGAGUCCGGGACCAUGUCUCCUCCAUCAGACUGGGAGCUCCCAGAGUCAGGGACCGUGUCUCCUCCAUCAGACUGGGAGCUCCCAGAGUCAGGGACAGUGUCUCCUCCAUCAGACUGGGAGCUCCCAGAGUCCGGGACCAUGUCUCCUCCAUCAGACUGGGAGCUCCCAGAGUCAGGGACCGUGUCUCCUCCAUCAGACUGGGAGCUCCCAGAGUCAGGGACCGUGUCUCCUCCAUCAGACUGGGAGCUCCCAGAGUCAGGGACCAUGUCUCCUCCAUCAGACUGGGGGCUCCCAGAGUCAGGGACCGUGUCUCCCCCAUCAGACUGGGCGCUCCCAGAGUCAGGGACCAUGCCUCCUCCAUCAGACUGGGAACUCCCAGAGUCAGGGACCGUGUCUCCCCCAUCAGACUGGGGGCUCCCAGAGCCAGGGACCAUGCCUCCUCCAUCAGACUGGGAGCUCCCAGAGUCAGGGACCGUGUCUCCCCACGGACUGAGCACCUCCAGGGGCCUGAGAGGCCAUGUUCCAGAAACAGGGCCGUGUUUUACCCAUUAGACCAGGAGCUCGCAGACACUGGGGACUAGGUCAUUCCCCAGGCUGGAGUCUUGCCUCCCCCAUCAGACCGGACACUCUCAGAAGCCAUGUCCCUGAGUCAGGGACAGAGUCGCCCUCCCUCGGGCUUGAAGCUUCUAGGAUCAGGGACCCAAUCACCAGCAGGCACCCUGGACCCCCUCUUUCAUCCACUCACUCAUCAAGCCCUGGUUUUCUGGGCCAGUGUUGGGGGAAGAAUGUUGUCCAGGGACAGCAGGCCACCCCCCAAUGAGGCCCAGGGAUGCCCUUUCACCUGUCUCUCUUCUCACAGUCAACCUUCCUCCCUUGCACGAAGACCAGCGCUACCUUCCUGAACCUGAACCUGGCACAGGCUGAGCGUGGGGCGGGCGGGGCCGC